AGAGGGGAUAGGGGGAGAAAGAGGGGGGGAAAAGAGGGUGGGGAGGUGGUGUAUGUUGGUUCUGCUCGUGAUAGCGGUUCUGCUCGUGAUGUUACAAGUGGCCCCAGCUCUCGUGGCAGUAGCCGUAACAGUCGGAGCAUGUCAACAAGGGAAAACACAAAAAGCUAUCACAGCCCAGUCGUAUGGGUAGCAUCAACAAACAACCUCUCCACCGCCGGUUCUGGCCGGACUCACGUGGCAUCACGUUCAACAAUGGCGACGUCCGCCAUCAAGUUAUCCGACUACGAAGACGAAAGCGUCUACAACGACGACGGCGUAAAUGGCGGGCUACCCUCCAGCUCGCGGGGAGGAAGUCUUAUGGAGGGCAGAACAGCAUUGUCACCACCACCGCCUCCAAUCCCUCCGCGAGCUAGGUCUAGAUCUCGGUCUGCUCCAAAAGAAGCUGCUCCGGCUCCUCCUCCAGCAGCAGAAGCCUUCCCGUUCGCCCCCGAAAAUCCAGUUCUUCCAGCUCCCACUCCAAUAACAACAACAGCAGCAUCAGUUCUGCUUUCUCCCUUCCCACCGCGCCCGAAGAGUAUCAGGACAGGAGUAGGCACUGGUCCAGUCAAACUCAGAGACCGCCAAAACAGCGGCGACGAGGCCAUGGGGGUAGGUUAUGCUGUGAGCUAUAACUCAGCGAUACCACCACCACCACCUGUACGGGCCGCCCCACCUGCACCAAAGUGGGCGCCGCCUACGAUACCCGGCUAUAAGGAUGAUGCGAAGCCGUUAAGCUCCCCAGGCUUUAAGCUAGACGAUCCGCCACCGUCGGGGGCUGCUGCUGCUGCUGCUGCGAACAAGGGAAAGACCGGCAGCAACAACCGUAAUAACAGGCUCAGUAUCUUCCCCCGCCCAAGUCCUAGUCCGACGCCAAGUACGCAGGGGUGGUCUUCGUCGCCGCUUAGUUCGCCGUCUACUCCUCCGGUUCCUACUGUGCCCACCGACCGUUUGGAAGCAAGUGAACAUGAGAGUCAACAUAAACGGGGAGGAAGUGGCGGAACAGCGGAAGAAGAAGCAGAAGAAGAGAACGAAAAGAGAGGACGACCUUUGCAAAAGCGACAGCAGCAACCCCAGACCCGGGCCCGGGGCUCCUCCGUAACGGGACGAUCACCAAUUCCGGCGCCUACACUAGAGGCAUGGCUCAAGAGGGGGAUGUCCUCGACGAGAGUGCCGGUACGAAGGGGGACGGAGACGGAGACAGGAAUAGCUGGUCCAGGGGCGUCGCCGCCAUCAUUGCCGAGAUCAGCUUCUACUUCGAAUCUUGCUGCUGUGAGGAGGCAGUCGUAUACUGCGAGGUUGAGGGAACAAGUGCAGCAGCGGUACAUGCUGGAUGCGGACGAUGGGGGGAGGGGGGAGGAUUGGCCUAUUAGGCAGUCAUAGAUAGUCUAGACUCAUGUAUGGGUAGAGAAGAAGAAAUGGAAUUUACUGUCGAGGAAAGGAUAGAUAUUUGUUACUUG